UAUCUAGAACAAAAAAAAAAAAAAAAAAGGAAAAAGAUUGCUGGUUCUGAAACAAGCACAAAAAGUAACGGUCAAUGGCUGCUCUUGCUUCCUCAUCCUCCUCUCUCCUCUUCUCUUCUCCACCUUCCAAGCUUCCUUCACCUUCUCUCCAUCCUCUUCCACGCUUGUCUCUUUUCACUUCCUCAUUUCUCUCUUCUUCUUCUUCCUCUCUUUCCGUUUCACCUUCUUUCUUUGCCUAUCCCACAAGCUCUAGAAGAUGCUCUUCCUUCACUGUCAGGGCCAGAGCUGGCAAGAAGAAGGUCCUUAUAGUUAAUACAAACAGUGGCGGCCAUGCGGUUAUUGGUUUCUACUUUGCAAAAGAGCUUCUGGGUUCGGGCCAUGAGGUCACCAUCUUGACCGUUGGAGAAGAGGACUCAGAUAAAAUGAAGAAGCCUCCGUUCAACAGAUUCUCUGAAAUUGUGAGUGCUGGAGGGAAGACGGUCUGGGGAGACCCGGCAAAUGUUGGGAAAGUUGUUGCAGGGGCAACAUUUGAUGUGGUGUUAGAUGACAAUGGCAAGGACUUGGACACCGUGAGGCCAGUGGCAGAUUGGGCAAAGAGCACUGGAGUGAAGCAAUUCUUGUACAUCAGCAGUGCUGGUAUUUAUAAGCCCACUGACGAGCCUCCUCAUGUUGAAGGGGAUGUUGUUAAAGCUGAUGCUGGCCAUGUUGGAGUUGAGAAAUACAUUGCAGAAAUUUUCAGUAGUUGGGCAAUAUUCCGGCCACAAUACAUGAUUGGAUCCGGAAACAACAAAGACUGUGAGGAGUGGUUCUUUGAUCGAAUUGUUCGAAAGAGGCCAGUGCCCAUCCCUGGUUCAGGAAUGCAACUUACAAACAUCGCCCAUGUUAGGGACUUGUCCUAUAUGCUUACUUUAGCUGUUGAGAAACCAGAAGCUGCAUCUUGUAAUAUAUUCAAUUGUGUGAGCGACCGUGCUGUGACUCUGGAUGGAAUUGCCAGAUUAUGUGCUCAAGCUGCUGGCUUACCAGUUGAAAUUGUUCAUUAUGGUCCAAAAGCUGUUGGAAUUGAUUCAAAGAAAGCCUUUCCUUUUCGUAAUAUGCACUUUUAUGCCGAACCAAGAGCUGCAAAGGACAUAUUAGGGUGGAAUGGCACCACAAACCUUCCAGAAGACUUGAAGGAGCGAUUCGAUGAGUAUGUAAAGAUCGGGCGAGACAAGAAACCUAUGCAAUUCGAGAUAGAUGAUAAGAUACUGGAGUCCCUUAAAGUUCCAGUGGCCGUUUGAUCAACCACAAGCAAGUGGCAUUUUAA